GUUUCUUCGUCAUUUCCUGUGCGCGCAGUCGGUGUGGUAUAGAGAAGAUGGCGGAGGUCGGCGUGGUUCCGAGUGAUCUAUUCCCGUAUGUUUACUCUUUUCUGCUCCAGAACAAGUUCAGCAAGGCGGCCCAGGAGUUUAUGAAGAAGACUAAAGUGAAACCUCAAGACGAAAAUGAAGAAGGACUCCUUGACGUCUUCCAGUUCUGGGUCAAAUCUGGAGAGUCCAAAAAGCGUAAGGCCGUUACUAAUGGACCUGCUGCAGUCAACGGGCCGUCUGCGAAGAAGACCAAAAGGGAGAGCUCCAGUAGUGAAGAGUCGAGCAGUGAUGAGGAGGAAGCCCCAGCUGCAAAGAAAACUCCUCCAGCUGCAGCGAAGAAGCCCGCAGCUGCAGCGAAGAAGCCCGCAGCUGCAGCAGAGUCGAGCAGCAGUGAAGACUCCAGCGACUCUGAAGAUGAAGCUCAGACUAAACCUCCUGUAAAGAAGGUGGCAGCAGUGAAAGCUGCAGUGGCGUCUCCUGCUGCUGUGGCGGCGGCAGCCAGGAAGAAGGACACCAGCUCCAGCAGUGAGGAGUCCGAUUCUGAGGACGAGCCUCCUAAAUCUAAAGCAGCAGUGGCCAAGCCUGCAGCUGUGGCUCCUGCUAAAGCCGCAGCUCAGAAGAAGCAGGAGAGCAGCAGCAGUGAGGAGAGCUCCAGUGACUCUGAGGACGAACCCGCAGCUAAGCCAGUGGUAAAAGCUCCAGCUGCCCCGGUGAAAGCCCCAGCGGCCAAGGCUGCAGCUCCAGCAGACUCCAGCAGCAGCGAGGAUUCAUCAGAUGAGGAUGAGGCUCCUCCUGCAAAGAAAUCCAAACCAGGCCCAUAUAGUGCUGUACCCCCACCUGCAGCUCAGAGCACUUCUGCUCCAGCAGUCAAAAAAGCAGCUGAGGAUGACUCCACAGACAGCAGUGAGGACAGCAGUGAUGAAGAGGAAAAGAAAGCCCCUGCAGCACCUGCAAAGACCGUAACUCCUAAACCUGCAGCCAAGAAGGACGAGUCCAGUUCAGAAAGCUCCGAUUCAAGCUCAGAUGAUGAGGAAGAGAAAGCGAAGAAACCAGCUGCCAAGGCAGCACCACCUAAAGCCACCCCAGCAGCUAAGACAACGCCAGCCAAGGCCACCCCUGUUAAACCUGCAGCCGCCGCCGCAAAGGAAUCUUCCUCCUCAUCCUCCAGCUCUGAGGAGUCUGAUGAAGAGGACGCCAAGGCGACCCCGGCCAAGGCUACACCAGCUAAGGCGACCCCGGCCAAGGCUACACCAGCUAAGGCGACCCCGGCCAAGGCUACACCGGCUAAGGCGACCCCGGCCAAGGCUACACCAGCUAAGGCUACACCAGCUAAGGCGACCCCGGCCAAGACUACGCCAGCAAAGAAGGCGGAGUCUUCAAGCUCAGAUUCUGACAGUUCAGAAGAUGAGGCUCCCAGCAAGCCCGUGACCACACCCAAGCCCGCGGCCACACCAAAGGCCACAGCCACGCCCAAGCCCGCGGCCACGCCUAAGUCUGCAGCCAAGGCAGCUGAGAGCAGCUCAGACUCUGACAGCUCCUCUGAAGAUGAGGAACCUCCUAAGAAAGCCACUCCCGCUGCCAAGCCAGCCACUGUGCCAGCCCCAGUCAAACCAGCAGCUAAACCAGCAGAGAGCUCAGAUUCAGACAGUGACAGUUCAGACUCUGAGGAUGAGGCUCCCGCGGCUAAAACUGCUAAACCUGCUGCAGCCACUCCUGCGACCAAAGCUGCACCUGCUGCUGCUGCUGCUGCUGCUGCUAAACCCACCGCCCAGGCCGACAGCUCCGACUCUGACAGCUCCAGCGAGGAAGAGGAGGAGGAGAAAGAGGAGAAGAAAGGAAAGUCUGCUGCUCUCCCAAAGCCUGCUGUAACCCCAGCCAGUGCUAAGAAGGCUGAAAGCAGCAGCUCAGACUCGGACAGCUCAGACUCAGAGACCGAAACUACAAAGACGACUCCAGCCAAGCCUGCAGUGGCCAACGGAAAACCGGCGACGCCCAAAACUCCCGCCUCCACAGCCAAGACCCCCGUCACCAAACCUGCAGAGUCUUCCUCCAGUGAAGACGACAGCUCUGAAGAAGAGGAGGCUACGACAAAGGCAGCUGUCAAGACCACGCCUGCACCGAAGUCUACACCAGCUGCCACAGCCAAGGGAAAGCCAGAGAGCAGCUCAUCAGACAGCUCUUCCUCUGAGGAAGAGGAGGAAGUGAAGACCCCUAAGACUCCUGUUGCUACACCAGUGAAUGGUACUGGUGGCAAGAGAAAGAGGGAGAAAGAAGAAGAAGAAGAGGAGGAGGAGGAAGAAGAAGCUACGGAGAAAACACCCACACAGAAAAAAAUAAUCAAUACCACACCUCACUCUUUCCCUAAAGCAAAACAGAAGAAAACCAAUGAUCCUUUCCGUAGAAUAAAAGACGAUGAGGUUGAGGUGGAUCCCCGUCUUGCAGACAACUCCUUCACUGCCAAGAUGGGAGCCACAGGAGACUGGGGUGAGAGAGCCAACAACGUGCUGAAGUUUACCAAAGGGAAAUCCUUCCGUCACGAGAAGACCAAGAAGAAGCGCGGCAGCUACAGAGGAGGCGCCAUCUCCACCUCAGUAAACUCUAUUAAAUUCGACAGUGACUGAGUCCUCUGCCUCACCCCCCCCUCCUCCUCAUCUCCUCCAACCAGGACUACUCUUUUUACCCCGUCAGAACCGCGGCGUGCUCGUUAGGCUCCUGCAGUGCUGCCCUUCAGCCGGCGCUGACUUCAGGACUGUAGAAAAGAGCCAGACCAGGACAGCAGUCACCCCGCGCCAGUUCACCCCACUAGCAGUUACAGUAAUGAGCCAGAAGGUGGCGUCGUUUCAUUGUUUUUGCAUCGAGUACUGUUUGCUUUCGAUUUCUAUUCAUUUCUGUCUCUGCUAAUUUAAAUAUUGUGCAGAAAUCACGUUUAUUUUGUCUGUAUCAGCUGUAACUGUGCUAAUAGCAGCGGUUAACCCAUGAUGAAGCGGUUCUACUCACUCUUAUUCCUCACUCUUUAUAAAAUGAGGAUGAUAAUGCGUUUCUUUUAUAUGUACGAUAAAUAUAUUUGUUGGCGAGGUUCAGGCUGAAUGAUGUGAGGAUUAUCUCAGCUUGAACGAAUUGUUUGAAACUAGGCUUCACUUCCGAUCAUCUUUCAAUUUCUGAUAGGGCCUAGUGUCUUUAUUUAAAGUGGAAGCCUUGUGAUUAACGGAUUAUCUGACUCUGGUACAGUAGCGCUCGCAGCGUUUAUGUCCUGGCAGUUUUAGUUUUAGUAUUUUUUUUUUUUUUUGGCCAUUGGAAUCUUUAAUUUUUUUAUCUGUACAAUUGUUUAUAAUUAAAACCUUAAUCUUA